GGCUCGAGAGGGAGACAGCGCCGCGCUAUGAACCGAUUCGGUUCAUGAUCGAGUCUCUGGAGCUGGAGCUGCAGAGCACCCCGGUGCUGGGCUCCAACUUCCAGGCCCCUCAGCGCUUCACAGUCUUAGAAGCAGUGGGGCAAGGUGCCUACGGAGUUGUUUGCUCUGCAAAGGAUGAGCAGACCGGAGACACAGUAGCGAUCAAGAAGAUUGAGAGUGCCUUCGAUGACAUCACCUUUGCCAAGCGAACCCUUCGGGAGCUUAAGAUUCUGCGCCACUUGCGGCAUGAGAAUCUCAUUGAUAUCAGGUUCGUUUUCCUACCCGGCCUGAAGUCCAACUUCGAGGACAUUUAUGUAAUAUCCGAACUGAUGGAAACGGAUCUGGCCUCCAUCCUAAAGAGCCCACAGCCGCUCUCCGAUGAGCACUGCCAGUUCUUCAUUUACCAGAUCCUCCGUGGGCUGAAGUUUGUCCAUUCAGCUGGCGUAAUACAUCGAGACCUGAAGCCACGCAACUUGCUGGUGAACAGCAAUUGCGAUCUGAAGAUCUGCGACUAUGGGUUAGCGCGGCUUGCCAUGACCAACGGGGACUUCCGACCCCUUACAGAGUAUGUUUGCACUCGGUGGUAUCGAGCACCGGAAGUGCUUUGCUCCUGGGCGGACUACGGUCCUGCGAUUGACAUGUGGUCGGUGGGCUGCAUCUUUGCAGAGAUGCUGAGGCGCAAGCCCUUGCUGCCCGGCAAGAAUACACAGCACCAGCUCCAGCUGAUUAUCAGCCACCUUGGCUUCCCAGAUACCGACACCCUGUCCAGGAUAAAGAAUGAUAAAUGCCGAAAGUUCAUUGAGUCCUUGCCGAAGACGUCUGGGCCAAGUGCCCUCUACGAGGCUGUUGGGCCUCAGCCCGCAAUGGUUAUGGAGCUCUUGGACUCCACGCUUCAAUUUAACCCGGAUCGGCGGGUCAAUGUUGAGCAAGCACUCGCUUUGCGAUACUUAGAGCAGCUGCACUGUCCAGAGGACGAGCCAUCCAGUUCGUCCAUAGACCUCAACGACUUUGAAUUUGAACGAAGGAAGAUUGACUUGGCAGCGCUCCGGGAGGAAAUCUUUCUGGAGGCGCUCCGCUACCAUCCAGACGUGCAACAACGGUACUUGCAGGAACAAGCGGACAACGGCAUGGCUUAUGAUAUCAGUCGGUACCGCUUGUUGGCUCCGGGCGAGUCGCAGUAUGACGAGGAGGAGACGUGAGAGUCCCGACGUGCGGGGCGACGUGCGACGUACGGGGCGUGCAUUUUUCACCCUUCAGUACCGAGCUCCAAGAAGUGAGCUGCAAGCCUGGGCCUUUCCGGCAGCGUCGGCCGGUCUGAAGAGGAGCGAAAUGGAUUGGGCAGUCAGUCUGCAAAGCAGACAUUCCUUCGGCGAG